UUUGCAGUCUUUUUGUCUCCCUGUCUCAUGCGCUGCCGUUGUGUUUUCAGUAUGACUUUAGAUGAUAUGAUGAAUCCAGUGGCCCGCUUGAGAGAGAGAGACAGCUGAUAAGCAAGUGGCCACGUGAUUAUGCAGACACCCCACCAUGCCUCUAGUAGACUGGUACCUCCACCACUCGGUUACCAUGUGGCUGCUGCUCCAGAGCUUUGUCCUGAUGACCUUUUGUUUCCAUCCGGCCACUACCUUUCCUAAGGGCUGCUACGAUGCAGAAGAGGACGGUUAUAAAACCUUCCGGUGCAGCAAAGCUCAGCUCACAGAGGUCCCUAAGGACAUACCCAACGACACUAAUAAGCUCUACCUGGAUUUCAAUCAGAUUGCCUUCCUCCCCGUUGACGCCUUUCAGAACCUGCCGGUCCUGCUGGAGCUCGAUCUGUCUCACAAUGCCAUUGUCAGGAUAGAAAGUGGGGCUUUCCGGGGCUUGUCGGAGCACUUGCAUUCCCUGGAUUUGUCUUCAAACAAGCUGGUGUCGGUCAAUAAGGAUGUCUUUAGCAAUCUGAAGGCCAAGGUCAAUUUCUCCAGCAACCCUUGGCUGUGCGACUGCAGGCUCCAGGAGCUGAUCAGGACAGUGGACCUGGUUGCUGGGUCCUCUGGGAGCAUCGUCUGCGACUCCUCUACUAAGGAGGAGCACAUUGGCAAGCCCUUCCUGCAAGUGGUCACAGACAUGGACUUCUGCAGUGUUUACAAAAAGACCACGGACAUAGCCAUGCUGGUCACCAUGUUCGGCUGGUUCGCCAUGGUGAUCUCCUACCUGGUCUACUAUGUCCGGCAGAACCAAGAAGACGCCCGUCGGCACCUUGAGUACCUGAAGUCCUUGCCCAGCAAGCAGAGGAAGUCAGAAGAGUCCUCCACCAUCAGCACCGUGGUGUGACUGAAAAACCGCUCCCUCCUGCCCCAACCCCAGCAAACGUAGGACCCCUGGGAGAGUUCGUGGAAAGACCCCUGCUGAGUUUCAUGGGUAUUCAAUUAGCUCCAUAGACACACAAUGGCCAAAAAAGGCUGUUAGUUAACAACAACAACAACAGUUUUGCCCUUUGGAAGAUAAGUAGAUGGUUUCAGGAGACCCAGCCCCGCGUGUUCAGAACAAAACAGGAGCAGGGAAGGCUUGGCCUCUAUCCACAAUUCUGCAGAACAAGAGCCAACAGGGCUGUGAUCUAGAGCAAUUAGUGAGGGCUCAGUGAAGCCACGAGGGAUUUGGGCAUCUGUUUAUUGUGUUGAAUAACAGAGGGAAAAAAAAAGAAACCCAGUGUGUCUCCUCAAGCACACAGUAAUUACACAAAUGAUUUCCCUUUCAGACGUUAAACUUAAUUUUAAAAGAAUUUUAUGUACUUUACAGGACUCCAUUAAGGUGUUAAAAAAUAUCAGUGGUUCAGACACUCUCUGUCUACUUCCUUCACUCUCAGGAAGGGAAUGUUUCCAGCAACCUGGCAAUGCCCCAAGAAGACACUGCAGAGUCUCAGAGGACAGUGUUGUACCCUUACUAUAUAGUCCUCCUGGCUUUUGACGAAUAUUGGGAAUACUGGCUAUCACAUCAAAUUAAAGAGAUUAAAGAAAAUCCCAACUGCUGGAGGGUGAUAUGAGCUAACCCCUCAUAGGAUCUUGAGUUAAAGUUCUACCCAAAAUACCUGCCCCUUCUUCCAUCAAAGGGCCAGUAAAGGUCAGGGAGAGCUGAAAAUGCUCUGCACCUCAUAAAUUUGGUCCCUAACAGAGAUAUGAGGGCAGAAAGGGAUUUUAUCAUUAGAGAUGGAUGAGUGUGUUAGGAUAAAAUAAAAUCCGUACCCCUAAAAUAUCCCCCUCUUUUAGAAACAAAUCUGAAAUGAGCUUUUUGAGGUUCUGAAAUGUUUACUUCACUUCUGCUCGCCGGGACUAGAAAUGUCAAAAUGCGAGCCAUCCUCAGAGGUUUUCCAGCCACAACAGCACAUGCUGGGAUUCUGCUGAGAGAGCCCAUCCCCAUGAGAUUGUCCACAGACCUGGAGCGUCCCCACGGUGCCUCAGUCAUAGGUAGGAUAUAAUAUAUACACAUAGCAGCUACUGGAUGGAGGAUUCUGUGAAUUGGGAAAGUCGUGCUCUGGUGUGUCUCUCCAGCACUGGCACAUGCAAAGGACGGGAAACACUUUCUGGCACGAGAGGAUCUUCUCAUUUGCAGUAAGGGUCCCAAACCAGAGGUGUGACUAUCAUUCAAUGGCUGAGCCUCAAAUCUUACUCUCCUGCCCCAACCACAUGAACUGAUUUAUAAUUUAUUUGGGGGUAGGGCUCUCUGUAGCUUAAACAUUUACAAGUCUGCCUGCUUCGGCCCAAACCACUCAGUUGGCUCAAUAUGUAGGACCCUUUUGGUCUCCUACUUUCCCAGUGGAUACUGGUCAUGGCCAGAAGGCAUUGCCUUGAAGUGGGGAGAUUCCUCACCAUCUUGUAUCUAACUGCCUCCAGAAGAGAGGACUUUGGUCAUCAUGUUUACUUUAGGACUCACAAGUUUGUUGACCUAUCACUGUGACAUUUUGGGAGAAAAAAGGAUGUGGUGAGUUAGAGUGACGCCACAGCUAAGAUUCUUUCUUCUCUUUCUGUCUCUCUCUCUCCUCUGUUGGCAAGUGGCCUCAUCCCUCACCCUCACCAAAAACCCCAACAUCUCUUCUCUAUGUUUCCAAUAUUGGGGCAUAGAAUCCCCCCAGCCCCAUGUUCAGAAACAAUAUUUGAAUAUCCAAUAAUUAGAGAGGGGCCUGAACCACUAAAUUUUGGAACUUGAUUGAACUAUCUCCAAGGUUUAGGGGUGUUUGGAUCAGAGGUUUUGGAAUGACCUUUGAUGGAGGACAGCUGCAAAGUCUGAAUCAAGAUUCAGCUGCUGUUUAAAGAAAGAAAAGCCAACCAGAACCAGAAUCUUAAAAUUUAACAGCUGGAUCUACCUCUGGCCCAGGAGGAAAAGGCUGCAAAGCUGUUUUGUUUUGUUGCAUCCAGUCUAAACGGACUAAAGGUAAAUUGCCUGAAUCUGUCAAGGUCAUGAACCAAAGCUCUUUGAACUCAAUCUUUCCUUUGAUUUGAGUGGGUUUUGGAUCAGGCCCCAAGUCUCUCUCCUUGCUUGUGUAGUUCUGACAGCAACCAAUCAUUAUAUUAUAUUACUAUUAGAGAUGAUCCUACUGCAGAAAAACCUGGAUUCAAAUCCUAAUGAUGAACUGACCUCUCACAACAUUUUGGGGGUGCUUAGAUGUUAGGUCUAGGUUCAGGCCCCUCCCUGACAAGCAUGAGACCAAAUUAUCCAGAAUCAUCAAAAACAACAUUUGAGUAGUGGGGGAGGGGAAGUUGGUGAAAUCUCCAAAUGAUCUGGAAGAGAUUUAGAGGUGGGAAGCAGCGAAAGUUCACUUGGUGCUCAUGAGAAAAUCUGAUGUCCCUUGCACAAAUGCCCUAAGAGCUGCUCAGAUAUAUUCAGAAGUGCCUACUUUCCAAACAUCUGCAGGGUUCCUGCAUCAUGCACAAACACCUUUUGACUCUGUCUGAUGCCACUUUUGUGCAUUGACAAUGAAGAUCGUUUAACAAGUUUUCCCUUUACAAAUCUAUCUGAUGUGCUGGAAAAUGGAAGGCUGAAAGCAGCUAAUUCAAUGACCUGGGUUGUCCAGAUGUCCACAUUAAAACCAAACGUGAAUUAAUGAACUGCAUAUUUCCACCCCCGCCAUCAACCCCC